GCGUUCUGUUGAUGACAUUUGGAUUUUGUAAAAAAAAUUGAACAAAUUCAUCAAAAUGGUGGCGUUUUUGCAUUGUACUCAAGAAUUUGUUUUAUGAAAUUGUGAAUUUGUGAUUAUAGUUCAUAAUAAACAAUUGUAACAUACUAUACAAAAGUUACCACAAGUUUAAGUAUAGUGAAAUUACAAAGUGAUAAGUGAAGUUCAAUGAUUUUUUAAAUGUAUUUACGGCGUGGCGUGUAGUGAAAUAGGUGAAAAUGACGCAGUUUCUGCCGCCGAAUCUCCUCGCUCUGUUCGCGGCGCGGGACCCCAUCCCGUACUUGCCGCCCGCAGCGAAGCUUCCUCAUGAAAAGAAGCAGAAGGGCUACGAUGGUGUCGGCGCAUUUCUUAACAUUUUUGAGCAUCCUUCAGAAACCCCACCCCCCACCCGAGUGGAGACAAGAGAAGAGCGCCUGGAGAGGAGAAGAAGAGAGAGAGCAGAGCAAACUGCAUACAAGCUAGAGCAGGAGAUAGCACUGUGGGACCCCACCACCAACUUGCCAGUCACUGGGGACCCCUUCAAGACACUGUUUGUGGCCAGAGUUAACUAUGACACAUCAGAAUCUAAGCUUAGGAGAGAGUUUGAAACCUAUGGACCCAUUAAAAAAAUAUACAUGGUUUAUAACAAGGACAAUGGCAAGCCGCGGGGUUAUGCCUUCAUUGAGUACGAGCAUGAGCGCGACAUGCACUCGGCGUACAAGCACGCGGACGGCAAGAAGAUCGACGGCAAGCGCGUGCUCGUGGACGUCGAACGCGCGCGCACUGUGAAAGGCUGGCUGCCCCGCCGACUGGGCGGCGGGCUGGGGGGCACGCGGCGCGGGGGGGCGGACGUCAACAUCAAGCACUCCGGCCGCGAGGACAACGAGAGGGAGAGGGAGCGAUACCGCCUCGAGCAGCGCGACAGGGACAGGGACGAGCGUCGCGACCGCGGUCGUCGCCGCAGCCGCUCUCGCUCGCGCAAACGCUCUGCGUCUCGCUCGCGGCGUCGCGAGAGAGAGAGAGGGGAGAGAGCCGAGCGCCCCGAGCGGAAUGCGGAGAGAGGGGAGCGGGAGAAGAGAGAGGACGAGCCCGAGAGACGUCGCCGGCGCUCGCGCUCGCGCUCGGAGCGCCGCCGCGAGCGCCGCGACCGCGACAAGGAGCGGGACAAGGACCGCGACAAGCGCCGCCGCCGCGACAAGGAGCGCAAGGAGCCCAAGGUCAAGCCCGAGGACAUCAAGAUCAAGGAGGAGCCCCAAGACGACUACCCGGAGUUCAACAUCCCUCCUCUGGACGUCCACAUCAAGCAGGAGCCCGAGGACGACAACAAGUACAACCCCGAGGACGCCAACGGGGAUGACUACAAUAACUACUAGCUGUAGCAACAGACAGACAACAUAUAUUACAGUUACUAUACACAUACGGACAACAGGAAUAAAAUGAAUUAAAAAUCGAUUCUAAUUUCGAGGGUAGUUCAAAAACUUUUCCACGCUCAAAAUGUCUUUAACAACUAUAUAGUAUAGAAGCAGGCGUUAUUUUGAGGAAGUCCAUAAUAUACAAAGAACCAGAGGCUUAAUUGGCUAUAAUCCGUCAAACCAAACAAAUCUGUAUGGUGCAACAUGCAGCAUGCGACAUGCACCGCCCACUGAUAAACAGCCUUGGUGGCUGGCUUUUCCUGCAUGUUUAUCAGUGGGAGGGCGGGCGGUGUCGCAUGCUGUAUGUUACAUCUACAGAUUUAUUUGGUUCGGUGGAUUAUAGCGAAUUAAGCUUUUGGUCAGUUGUAUCAGUUGUGUUAACAACUAUAGCAAUUGAUGGUAGUUUAAAUUAUUUUAUCUACACUCAAUAAUAAUUACUAACAUCUGUAGCGACAAACGGACAAGAUAUAUUAAUUAGAGUUCUAUACAUAUACGGACAACACGAAAGAAAUGAAUUCAAGAUCGAUUCUAAUUUCGAGGGUAGUUUAAAAACUUUCCCCUGCUCAAAAUGUCGUCAGCAAAUAGUGCGUAAAUAAGAAGAGACUCGCCAUAUUUGCUCUAUGUGUCAAUUGUCAUGACAACUUUUUUUUUAAAUUGGAUACAAGUUAGCCCUUGACUGCAAUCUCACCUAGUGGUAAGUGAUGAUGCAGUCUAAGAUAGAACCGGGCUUACUUGGACGGGGUAUGGCAGAUUCCAUUAAACCCAUACCCUUUUGUACUCAUCAUCGUACCGGAAUGCUAAAUCGCUUGGUGGCACGGCUUUGCCGGUAGGGUGGUAGCUAACCGCGGCCGAAGCCUCCCACCAGACCAGAUCAGAAAUUAAUAAACAUCAAACCCCUGCUGAUAAUCGCACCCGGGACCUCCCACUAUUGAAGUGUUGACACUGAGCAAUAUGGCGAGACCUUUUAAAAAUACAGCAAUUAAUAACUCUACAACUAUAUGAAUUAUAUAAUAAAUACAUGAAUUGAUAUAAAUACAUUGAAUGGAUACAUUAAAUGUACAGACAAAACUAAAAAAUUAAGUAAGAUGAUUGAUAAUGUUAAGAUCUAAAGCAAUAUACAUACAUACAUACAUACAUAAUGUUAUAUUAACAUCGCCAUCAACUAUACAAGUAACAAUUCACACGGACAAACCUAAAUAGUUUAUUAAAUGAGGGUAGUCAAAAAGAAUAAUGUUCUUUCGAGUUUCGAAUCACUCUAACUUCCGAGUAAAUGAACCUAAAUCACCUUGUCAUAAGGUUUUAAUUCAAUUGCACAUCCAGCAAGGAUACUUUGCAAAAUAAAAAAUAAUAUCGGAAUAAAGACUUUGAAAUGAAGUACAUUAGGGUUCAUUUUACUCUGACGUUUAGUGUUUCGUUUUCUAUGUUAUAGAGAGAACCUACUUAUAGUAUGCGACAGGUCGAGAUGGCAAUCGGAGUGUGAGGCGGGGAGACGCCCCGCAUACCCGCGCUAACCCGCACCGGGUUAACCCGAUUGCCAUGUGGACCUGUCGUGUACUAUAUGCAUUUUAAGUUUCUAUAUCCACCAGUUAAGACCAUUGUCAGUCAGUUACUCACGUACUGACAAUAAAAUUAUGGACUAUAGGUUAGAGAAACGCAUUUUUUUUUUAAAUCAAUUAAAAAUGCGAGUAGAUACAAUUUUUCGUAACUUUCUAAAAUUAUCUGCUUUUAAAUGAGCUGACGAAGUAUUUGAAGAAUAUAUUCUGUAUUCUUAGGAUAAGGUAUUCUUAAUGAUAAAUAAUAAUAAAUAAAAAUAUUUGAAUGGAU